AAGGAGAUCGGGCACGAUGAGGAGUGUUCAUGUGGGCACCGCCCCCUCUCCCCACCUGGGCUUGCAUUGUCUCGAGUCGACGCUGUAUGCGAAAGUGAGCGUCGGUAGGAACAGAUGAAACACAAACAAUCCAGUCAGUCUGAAGCCUCUCCUAUCUGCUCUACUUGCACUUUUGGCCGCAAGUUUGCAUGAACGUCAUUCUUCGUAAGCCAGGUGAAAAUUGACUUGGCUCGAAAGAAAAGCAUUGCUGUAUGGGCCGAAACACUCGGUUGCUGCUGGCGACCCGCAGCGUUGUCGGUAUCUACUCGUCGGAAUCCAAACCGUAUGGUCCACGCCAAAGCCCUUGACUCUACUGUUUGGUGGCUGUUGUAUCAUUGGGACCCAGAUGCGGGCACAGAUGUCAUACUGCGAAUGCAAUUUUCUUCACUCUGUGUUCCAUUCGAUCCUCGAUCCGUACACUUUAGGGUAGGACGCUAUGCAGUAUGCCAGAUACAGAAAUUUGUUCACUUAAGCAUUGGAUUUCAUGAAUCUCCUCGCUCGAUCACAGGGGAUGCUCCUGUGAUCAAAUGCUGUAAUGUCUGUCAGUUUUAAUUUAGAUAUAAAGUCGCCUGCAAAUCGUCCGAGAUAGACUUUGAAGUAAUAUGAAAUUGAUAGUGUGUUUCAGAAGCAAAUAAAGUAGAAGUGUGAUGUAACUGGAUCCAGUUUGUAAGAUAACAUAAUAGAUAGG